AUGGCAUUAGAAGAAUACCUGUGGAUGGUCAUUGUGGGUUUUAUCAUUGCUUUUGUUUUAGCAUUCUCUGUUGGGGCAAAUGAUGUUGCCAAUUCUUUUGGUACUGCUGUGGGCUCUGGUGUAGUUACUUUGCGCCAGGCCUGUAUUCUUGCUUCUAUUUUUGAAACUACGGGUUCAGUGUUGCUAGGAGCAAAAGUAGGUGAAACCAUUCGUAAAGGCAUAAUUGAUGUAAAUCUGUACAACAACACUGUGGAUCGACUAAUGGCAGGAGAAGUCAGUGCAAUGGUUGGAUCUGCUCUUUGGCAGUUAAUUGCAUCAUUCUUGAAGCUCCCCAUAUCUGGAACUCAUUGCAUUGUAGGUGCCACCAUUGGAUUCUCAUUAGUUGCAAUUGGUACAAAAGGAGUCCAGUGGAUGGAACUUGUAAAGAUUGUUGCUUCUUGGUUUAUCUCCCCUCUGUUGUCUGGUAUGAUGUCUGGUGUGCUGUUUCUGCUGAUUAGAUUCUUCAUCUUAAACAAGGAAGACCCUGUACCUAAUGGUCUCCGUGCUCUUCCAGUAUUCUAUGCUGCUACAAUAACAAUUAAUAUGUUUUCCAUAAUGUACACUGGUGCCCCAGUUCUAGGAAUCAGUCUUCCUAUAUGGGCAAUAGCACUGAUAUCAAUUGGUAUAUCACUAGUAUUUGCUGCCUUAGUCUGGAUAUUUGUGUGUCCAUGGAUGAGAAGAAAAAUAGCAAGUCAGUUAAAGAAAGAAGGUGCAUUAUCAAAGAUCUCUGAUGAAAGCCUUGACAAAAUUCAAGAUGAGGAUAUGCCUGUCUUUAAAGAACUUCCUGGUGCCAGAGCAACUGAUGAAAGUAUUAUUCCUCUUACUGGUUCUGUAACAGAAGAGGCUGGUGCAUCAGAUAAUAUAGCAAAUGGCAGUCAUCCACGUGUGCCAUAUGGAAGGGCAUUUUCAAUGACACACAGUAUGGUGAAAUCACCUGUUUCCAAUGGCACCUUUAAUUUUGAUGGUCACAUGAAGAGUGAUAUACAUGUAUAUCACACUGUGCACAAAGACUCAGGGUUGUACAAAGACUUACUGCACAAAAUACAUCUAGACCGAGGUAAUGAUGACAAGCCUGCACAAGAAAAUAACUACAAGUUGCUACGACGCAAUAACAGUUACACUUGCUACACAGCUGCCAUAUGUGGGAUGCCAGUGCAUUCUUCCUUCAAGGCUACUGACAUGUCAACUCCAGAAGAUAGUGAAAAGCUAGUUACAGACACAGUAUCUUACUCAAAAAAAAGAGUUCGCUAUGACAGCUACUCCAGCUACUGCAAUGCUGUGGCAGAAGCAGAAAUUGAAGCAGAAGAAGGUGGUGUGGAGAUGAAAUUGGCAUCUGAGUUAGUUGAUCCUAACCAUCCCUCGGAGGAUCCUGCAGAAGAAGAGAGAGAUGAGAGAGACUCCUCAGAGGUCCACCUUCUUUUCCACUUUCUCCAAAUUCUUACAGCUUGUUUUGGAUCUUUUGCUCAUGGAGGUAAUGAUGUUAGGUAGGUAAUGAGAGCUUGCCUAUGUUAAUACUAUAAUUCAGUUUGUGAGUACUGUAAUUUCUAGUAGUUGGGGAUAUAUACAAGAAGCAUUGUGGUUCAUUGCAAAUUCUCACUAAUCCUAAUAUGUUUUUUAAAAAGCAAUCUGCUCAAACAUUUCCUUCAUCUAUAAUUAUGUACUCUUGCUACCCAUUUGUGUGGGAAAAGAAUAUACAAAUAUAAUCAGGUCUGAACUGUGGGUUCUGAGUUGGUUUUAGCCAGAGAACUGAAGUCUGAGCUAAUUUUAUUGGUAUUUAGUGCUGAAUUUCCUCUUUUCUCCUGCUGCGCCAUUGUUUAUCCAUAGGAAAAGGUCACCUAUAAUUGCUCAGUUGUCUUCAGUGACCAAAUGAUUACUAUUUUGCAAGCUUACCAAUUUGCUAUUUUUUUGUUUGUUUAUAAAGAAUGUUUUGAAGGACAUGUUUUUGACACAUAAUGUCUUCCCAUGUAAAUUGGAAAUCUGUUUUCCUUUCAAAAUAACUUUCUAGGCUGGCUCCAUUUUAAUAGAUUAAGAGCAGCUGUUGUGUUCCCCACUACUCAAUUUAUUUUUAGACUGAAGAUUCAUAAAGCUGAGUUCUUAUGAUAGGCUGAUUUUACCUAAGUUCUUUUGCCUGCCACUAGGGCCAGUAUGUGUUAGAAAUCACAGACUGCAUUCAGACUAUUAUAACUCUGCUUAAUAACUCAAAAUAUUAAUGAGACUUGGGGCUCUGCAUGUAACCUUUUAAUUCUCCUUUUACCUAGAUGAGCAAACCACAUUUUGCAUAUUCUAACUAGGAAAUAAUAGAUAACAACUUCAAAACAAGACAAGAUGCUAAACCAUGGUUUGAAGUUGGUUUAAUAUGUUGGCUUGUUCUGAAGCUUUUAGUAGUUUCCUAGCUCAGAUGAAACAUGAAAUUAUAAUUAAUUGAAAUGGUCCUUCUUUCUUUAUUCCCUCUGGAAGGAGAAGAACCAAGAGGUUUUCCUGGCCAAAAGUCUUGUUCAUAUCCAAAUUCUGAACGUAUAUAUUGACACAAGUUACCACUAAGAGAAUGCCUCAAUCCUCACUUUCCCAAUCCAAGUCAAUAGUAUGCACACUGGGUUGUGGCCCUGACUCACAGAGUGAGUUCUAAUAAGCUAUUGGACCUUGCAACAGAAAUUGACUGUGGAAUUCCAAAGUUCUAUGGGAAUUAUAUACAACUUAAUACUUUCUACUUUAGGAUAAAUAUUGAUUUCUACCAAUUUACAAAUGUUAGACUAUGGCCUGCAAUUUUAUGGCUCCACCCACCCAGUUCCCAUUUUUAGAAUUAACAGCCACAUUGCCAUUUCAUGGGAAGGUAAAUAUUUUGCUAGAAUAUCAAGAAUUUUAUAUAUGAGUGUUUUAAGAACUCUCAAGUUUAUUCCAAACUGGAUGAUAUUAAUUUGUCACAGAAUUUGAUUUAUUGUCACAGCUAGUUUUUUUCAAAUUCCUUGCCCUCAAAAAAGUGUUUCAGGUAUGUAUUUCUACCCAGCAUCUUCUGUAAUGAGAAUUCAUUCUACUUUUUUGUGGUUUCACUGUCCUCCCUUAUCUGUAGGGGAGGAAAACACCUUUAGUAGCACAGGACAAAAGUUUUGUUGGGGGUUGAGAGAUGUUUAUGUUUCUGCCCACUCCAAAUUCAAGAUUGCGGUUUCCCUUGUUGUUUGGGCAGCAUCUGUGCCAGCAUGUGUUAGAUGACUGGAUGAAAACAUGUUCAGGCUUGAAAGGAUGGUUUGU